AUGUCGUCAUCAACCACCCCAAGCAGCAGCAACAUGAACGACGUUGAUCGCUUGUUCGCGUGCUUCAAGUGCGGUUUAACACCUCCCAAAUCUGCUACGAGGGAAAGGAAACGAAGCAGAAGAAGAUUGGAGCAGGGGAGUUCGGAAUCUCCAGGUCCAGGAUUGGUUGGAGAAGAACUGAAAACCCCAUUAUCACGCAUCAGAAAAACCAACAUUGAAUCUUCCAUGGAGAAACUUAAAUCAGCAGUAGCCAGAAAAGCACAAAGUAUUGGUCGUGGGAAGCAAUUCUCUCCAAUUGUAUUUUAUGGAUCUCCUCAUGGUGUGCCUCCCAAAAGGCCAACCCGUAUGUUAUGGCGAUUGUUACGUGAGAUAUGUCCUGAUCUCUCUCAGAAAAAGGAACUGGACGUAAGAAAGGAAGUUUGGAUGACAUUCCCUAGGCAGGAUGAAGCAAUGAACUUUGUCAAAGGACAAGAAGAUGUUCAUGUUUUCAGCUAUCAAGACCACUUUAAUGGCCAAAGAAGGUUCCUCGUGUCUACAUAUACAGAAUUCUGGCGAAGGUACAAAAAUAUGAAUCCCAAAUUCCGUCAUCAUUAUGAGGUUAUUCAAGAGAGUUUACCAUGUCACCUUUAUUUUGAUCUGGAGUUUAAUAAGAAAGUCAACAUAGAAAAGAAUGGAGAAGAAAUGGUUGAUCUCUUGAUAUCAAUAGUUCUAGAAGCCAUACAUGAAAAAUAUGCAAUCCAAGGAGAUCACGAUUGGGUUGUAGAACUUGAUUCUUCAACUGAAGAUAAGUUCUCUCGUCAUAUAAUAGUUCGCAUACCAAAGGCUGCAUUUAAGGACAACACUCACGCUGGUGCAUUUGUUUCAGAAGUAUGCUCAAGAAUUCGAAAUGAAAGGGGAAAAGAUAAAAGUUUAGAAAAAUUGUUUGUAAUGAAAGAUUCUAGAAGGGAUGAAUCUGCAGACCAACUUUUCGUGGACACUGCAGUAUAUUCUCGGAAUCGUUGCUUCCGUCUUCUUCUUUCUUCAAAAGCUGGAAAAAGUUCCGUUCUGCUACCAACAAAGCGAUUUAAGUGCAAGGACUUGGGUGAAGAAGACAUAUUUAUAUCUUCAUUGAUCUGCAAUAUGGACGUUGAUUGCCAAACGUAUCUGGUCUGCAAAACAGACAUAAAUUGUGUAAAAACGCUGCAUUUUGAUACAGAGGAGAAUUGUAAUGUUGGAAAUUCAUGCCUAAUUCCUCGAGAAUUUACAUUGGGUAUUGGCACCAGUGAUGUUUCGACAACAUACUUCAUGGGAAAGUCACCAUUCCCAUUUCUGGACAAAUUUAUACUAUCAGUUGGCUCUGUAGGGAAUAUACCAGGUGCUACACGCCAGCUUGAAACAUUCAUAGCUGGUAUUUUUUCUCGGAAUUUGGACUGA